GAGGAAACAAAUAUCUUUGAGAUAAUACCGUUAUCUGAAGUGGUUCAACAGAGCAGGGAACAUUCAUCAUACACAUCACAACCUGCAUUAGGUAGCAACUAUACUGAAAAACAAAUUACUGGUCACAGAUUAGAUCAAGUUGGCUCUGAGAAACAGAUGAGUUUGGUUACAGAUGCAUUGUCACAGCAACACCAAACAAAUCAAGAUGUUAGGGAUGGCCGAUCACAUACACCUCAGGCCAUUGGGUUUGGCUCAUCAGAAAACAUGGAAAUUGAUGACUCAUCAGACUUCACACCAGAUUUAUCCCACAACGUGAAAACUGGUGUAUUGCAGGUCAGUGAUUCUGUGACAACUCACUCCCUGAUAUCUGGCCUAACCUCAAUCAAUGAAUGUGAACUGUCUCAUGAAAAUGCUGCAUUACAUUCACCAACAACAUCUGAAUUAUCACAGGGCAAUGAACACCACACGGAUGAAGAUUUCACCACAACUGAUAUUUCCACAUGGCAGACACAAUCCGGUGAAGUAUGUGCAAACAGAGGGGGUGCAUUAAAGAUGUCGCUUAGAGAUAGUGAAAAUAAUGGUCAAAUUAAGAACAAACAGGUUGGAGAAACAGAUCUUAUCAACACAGAAAAUGAAUCACAUUCUAGAAAGUCUGGAACUUGGCAAGGUCAAACACACUGCACAG